AUGUCUGCCGACGAUCAACAGUUCCUAGACGUGCUCUCGUCCUUGCCCAACCAGAUCCGCCGCUACUCGGGCGAUGUGGCAGACUACGUUGACAAGAGCGUUGAGAAGGCCGCCGAGCAGGUCCGCGAUAGUCUAGCAUCUGCGCAAUGGUUACCAGAAUAUAUAAGACCGACGCCUCCAUCACGGCCGGCGCCCGUGGCUAUUGUGCCCUUGACGGUUUACGAGCGAGUGCAUGGCUGGGUGGUGAGACACAAGAUCCUGACCGGUAUCGCCGUGGCCGGUGUUGGAUACUUCACAUAUAAGGCAGUCAGAGCGAGCAAGACGAUGCGCAAGUCGCGACGAGCAAAGCGAGCUCGAAACGGUGCCCGAACCGAGGUGGUGGUGAUUGCUGGCUCCCCAACACUGCCACUCACCAAGUCUCUGGCGUUGGACCUGGAGAGGAGAGGCUUUAUUGUUUAUAUUGUCUGCAGUAGCAUGGAUGAAGAGAUGAUGGUGCAAAACCUUUCGAGGCCAGACAUUAAGCCGCUGAGCAUCGAUAUCACAGAUCCACCGAGCGCAGGUUCUUCGAUAGAGCGCUUUGCCUCAUACUUGCAGACACCGCACGCAGCCGUACCAAAGGUGAAGCCAAACUACCUGACGCUCACCUCGGUCAUCUUGAUACCGUCGCUCAAUUACCAGACGUCGCCCAUCGCCACCAUACCGCCAUCGUCUUUCGCCGACCUUUUCAACACCCACCUCUUGCAUCCCAUCCUAACGAUACAGUCGUUCUUACCGCUGCUCACAUCGAGAAUAACGCCGCCCGGCGAGGCACCAACGAGUCCCAAGGUCCUCGUCUUCACCCCUUCCAUCAUCUCGUCCAUCAACCCGCCGUUCCACGCGCCCGAGGCCACCGUCUGCUCCGCUCUGUCCGCAUUCACUGAUGUCCUCACCGGAGAGCUCAGCCCACUAGCCAUUCCCGUCACACAUGUACAGCUGGGCACCUUUGACUUCGCCGGUUUCGUCCCCACCCGCCACUCCAAUCUGUUGCCCGCCAUGGAGACGACCAACUGGCCCGAAUCAGCAAGGCACGUUUACGGAAAAAACUACGUCGCCCAGGCCACGUCGUCCAUCUCCGCCGGCCGCAUCCGAGGCCUGAGGGGAAGCUCGCUCCGCGGGCUGCAUAAUGCAGUAUUCGACGUUAUCGAUGGAUCCGACAAGAGCGGCGUGGUCCGGAUCGGCCUCGGCGCCGGUCUGUACGGCUUCGUCGGGCGCUGGGCACCCCGAAGUCUCAUCUCGUGGAUGAUGGGGAUUCGCAGAGUGGACGAGCUGAGCGCGUGGUCGGAUAGCUCGUACAACGGCAGCGGGAGCGAGCGGAGCCUCAGCGAGAAUGGCGACGCCAGUGAGUUCAUCGCUGUAGCGAGGGACGAGGAGGGAGGAGCCAAUGUUUGGAAAGAGGAUGUUUAG